UCUUCGCUGCUUCACAGCACUCAGCACUGUCAGAGUCAGCUGAUUCGGAUGAGCCAACACCAUCGUUUAUAUUCUAUUCUACCCUACGCAAAACGCAACAAUACAAAACAAACAACACCAGCGAACUUGGUUGUCACGGCUGUCAGUUUUCGCAUCUCUCUCCUUUCGUGUAGCGCCAAGAAUUUGCCGAGCGGCGCUGCAACAAAAGCCCUUGAAGAAGAAUAAUGUCGCGUGUUGUCUGUGGUGGAGCCGCGCCGGCCAGGGAUGCGAGCGACGAAGUGCAAAAUGUUUGUGAUCGGGUGAAACCCCGGGUGGAGCAGAUUUUGGGCACCAGUCUCACACAGUACCGGGCGCUCAAGUACAGACCGCAAACGGUUGCUGGCAUCAACUACUUUGUGAAGGUGGACACGGGCAACGGGAAUUUUCUGCAUCUGCGGAUUUACAAGAAUCUGAAAGGGGAAGUGGAACUGAGCGGACUGCAGGAAGGAAAGACUGAGUUGGAGGAAAUCGAAUAUUUUGAGCGCCACCUUAACUUUGACUAAUAAUAAAAUGAUGCUCUA